AUAAAUGUAUGCAUAGUAUACGCGCACAAGCAUGACAUAGAUACCACAGCUAAAACAUUGUGUGUGUGGGUUUGUUUCUGUACUUUCAGUUUCACACACACAAGAGGAAAGUAUAGAGAAGCCUAAUCCUCGUGAACGGAACAGAAUUCUCUUACACCCCACCUUCUUACAUAUCUAAUUAUCUAUACUUAACUUUCAGUUACAGAGAGAGAGAGAGAGAGAGAGAUUGGAGAGAGAUUUGGGAGAGAUUGGGUUUUGAGGGAGAGAGAUUUGGGAGAGAGAGAGAGAUGAUGAAUUGGGAAGGUGAAUCACCUGCAUCAUCAGCUGCAGCUGGAGGUAGUGGAGGAGGAGGGAGGAGGAAGCCGUCAUGGAGGGAGAGAGAGAAUAACAAGAGGAGAGAGAGGAGGAGGAGAGCAAUAGCAGCAAAGAUAUAUGCGGGUUUGAGAGCUCAAGGGAACUUUAAUCUACCUAAGCAUUGUGAUAAUAACGAGGUUCUGAAAGCUCUUUGUGCUCGUGCUGGUUGGGUUGUUGAAUCUGAUGGCACUACUUAUCGAAAGGGAUCAAGACCGCCCUCACUUGAUAUUGGAUCAAUGGAUAUUGGUGGUACUUCAACCCACACCACCCCAUGCUCUUCAAGAUGGCCAAGUCCCCCAUCUUCAGCAUUUCAAAGUCCUAUUCCUUCUUAUCAACCAAGUCCAUCGUCCUCUUCCUUCCCAAGUCCGUCCAGGCUUGAUGCUCAGAUGUCAUCAAAUCCAUUUUCAUUUAUGCGUUAUUCCAAUCCAUCAUCUCUCCCUCCACUUCGGAUUUCAAAUAGUUGCCCCGUAACACCACCUCUGUCAUCAUCGACCACCGGAAUCUCCAUGCAAAAUUUCAAUUGGGAGUCCAUUGCCAAACAAUCUGCGUCAUUGAGUUUCCCCUUUUUGGCUGCUUCUGCCCCUAGUAGUCCAACUCGUGGCCAACGUGUCCCUCCAGCCACUAUACCGGAAUGUGAUGAAUCUGAUUCCUCCACAGUUGAUUCAGAACGAUGGAUGAACUUCAAAACAUGUGCACCCCCUUUGGUUCCAACCUCUCCGACUUUUAAUCUUGUGAAACCUGCGACACAGAACAUUUCUUCCCAGAAUGCACUCUCAGAUAAAGGAAAAGGGAUAGAUUUUGAGUUCGAGAAAGAACCAGUGAAGGCAUGGGAAGGGGAGAGGAUUCAUGAGGUGGGAUUAGACGAUUUGGAGCUGACACUGGGAAGUGGGGGAAUGCAGUGAUUUGUUUAAAAGAAGCUCAUGUCGCAAAGAACCUUGAUUUGCGUGAGGAUUGUAUAAACAGUUGAUAUUGUUGGUUUGGGUCUCAGUUUCCUCUUCUAGGGUAUACAACUUUCUUUGCCGACUUGCAGAGUUGCAGUUUGCGGUGCUAUUGGUUCAUGGUGAAAGACUUGUGUUCGGUAUAUUAGAUUUCUUUGCAAUGAUGUGUAUUGAAAGUCAGUUUUGUGUUCCUUAAGAUUGAGAUGUCAAGAUUUUUCAUAGUAGGUUUCUUCGUUGUGGCAUUGUUAAGAACUGAGCCUGAUUAUAUUGAUGACGGCCUUUUCAUCUGUAGAUAGCAGGUUCUUUUAGCCCCCCUCCGGGAUGCAGAAUUCAUACGUCCAGCGGGACAUAUGAGCAGAAGUGCAGAACUGAGAACUUUUUUCAUGGCAUUGUGAUUCCGAAGAUGCAUUGUAUAAGAUGGAAUGUAUUAGGUACUAUCUUAUUUUAAUCAUUGCUAAUAUUUGUCGUAGUAAAAUUGCUAUUCUUUGUUUCA